AUGAACGAUCCGGUUACAGAUGACAGCAAUGAGCAGAGAAACAAGAAGCAAAAGAUUGGGUUCGUGUUGGCCUUUUGUUGUUUGAUCUCAAGAUGGGUGAUUCUUGCCUUUACGACGGUUCUACACCUGGAGGUUCCUUUUCGCCGGUGGAAAGCCCAUCAUUCUUCAGGAUAUCGUUACGGCCUUGGACUCAGGAAGAGAUCGAGGACCACGGCUCUUGAGCAAACGAGAAAAAUCCAUCAACAUGUCUUCUCCCACCAAGGAAAUCCCCCGUCCAUGGUCGGACCCCCUCCACCGCUCCCUGUUUUCGACGUGCGGGGAGUCAGACACCGGUACCUCUGCACACUGGAGAGUGGCGGCAUCACGGAAGGCUCAAGCAACCAUCCAGACCUCUAG